AUGUUUUCUUUGACUCAAUCCGCAUCUUUUUGCGCGGGCGCAAAAGUAAACGUUGCCGCGCAAAAAAAGCAACAAUCCAAAAUCUCGAGAUCCAUCCAAGCGGGCAAAGCGAUCAGCUCGGAAUCUUUAUCCAAGAGAGACUUCCUCUCCGCCGCGGUGUUGUCCUUCGGGUUCCUCUCCGUCGGCGACGCCAACGCGGCGACGAAGAGAGUGAGAAAGUCUUCAUCCUCCUCCGCUGCUCCGGUUAAAAAGUCUCCGGCCGCCACGAAAAAGUCCGCCGCGAAACCCGCGUACAAGCCGAAAGGGAAAACCGUCGUCCCGGCGCCGUCCGUCGCGACGUCGCCUGCGGCGAGACGAGGCCGAAGAGGUGUGCCAAUCGCCGGGAAAUCCUCCUCUGUUUCCGCGGGUAAGAGAAAAACCAGAUCGCCGGCGCAAGCGAGAAAGGGCAAGUAUUAA